UUGAAGGCUGGUGGUUUGAUUGCAUUUGCGAUAUUGCCUUUGUUUCUGAACGCUGCUGGAUGAUUUAUUGAUCAUGCGCAAUGCAUGACUGGAGUUUGCUUUAAUGAAAAUCUCAGAAGAAGGGAUUUCUGCUCGUCUCAGUUGGAACUUGCAGAUUACAACUUGGAGUUCAAGGUAUGGAGACCCAUGCGGCCCUACAAAGAGCACACUUCUCCACCGCAGGUAGCUAGUUCUCACCUGCUGCUGGGUUGCUCCCUCCUACGCAAACCUCGGCCAAAACCACCGGGGUUUUAAAAGUCCUCAUUAGCGCCCCUGUGCCCAUCCUGAAGGGGCACAAUGGGGGAAAGACGAGCGCGCUCCUUUCACAUGACCUGCCAUGUGCAGCGGGACUACGGCAGCAGGAUGCGGAGCUCCUUCAUACGCUGCAGCCCCAACGGAUGUGCCGGCACAAGCAUCAGCCUCAGCUUGGACCAGGAGAUGGACCUGGCCGCCUCCACCGGUCCCACCGCCGACUGCGGUGCCUUGCGGGUCCCCGUGCCUGACGUCGGCCACUACUCGCCGGUUUCGCUGGAGAUGGACCCCCCGGCGGUGAAUAAUGGAUCAGGCUUCCCCUGCUUACCUCCAGCUGACACAAAGGAUCCGGAGCUGCAGAUCGCACACAGCCAGCCGUCCGUCACCCCCGUCCCGCCGCCUCUCCCUCGCUCCAGUUGGCUGCGCCAUCAUCAGAAGGAGUUCCAGAGUCCUUACAUCAAGACUAGCAUGCAGGGGGAUGUUUACAACUUUCUAGAAAGACCCGCGGGGUUGAAAUGCUUCCUCUACCACUUUCUAGUCUUCCUCAUGGUGUUGGUGUGUCUUAUCUUCAGUGUUCUGUCCACAAUAGAACAAUAUGCAGACUUUGCUACAGGAACGCUCUUUUGGAUGGAGAUCGUGCUGGUUUUGUUCUUUGGCACCGAGUAUGUGGUCCGGUUGUGGUCAGCCGGCUGCCGCAGCAAAUAUGCGGGCAUCAAGGGACGCCUCCGCUUUAUCAGGAAGCCCAUAUCAAUCAUAGAUUUAAUAGUUGUGAUUGCCUCCGUCAUUGUGCUCGGCGUGGGGUCAAACGGGCAGGUGUUCGCCACGUCCGCCAUCAGGGGCAUCCGCUUCCUGCAGAUCCUGCGCAUGCUGCACGUGGAUCGACAAGGAGGAACAUGGAGGCUGCUGGGAUCCGUCGUCUUUAUUCAUCGACAGGAGCUGAUCACCACCCUGUACAUCGGCUUCCUGGGUCUGAUCUUCUCCUCGUACUUCGUCUACUUGGCGGAGAAGGACGCCGUGGACGAGGAGGGCAAGACGGGCUUCUCCAGCUACGCUGACGCGCUGUGGUGGGGCGUGGUGACGGUCACCACCAUCGGAUAUGGAGACAAAAUUCCUCAGACGUGGAUAGGGAAGGCCAUUGCCUCCUGUUUCAGUGUCUUCGCUAUCUCUUUCUUCGCUCUGCCUGCUGGGAUUUUGGGUUCAGGGUUUGCCCUCAAAGUCCAGCAGAAGCAGCGACAGAAGCACUUCAACAGACAGAUCCCUGCUGCGGCCUGCCUCAUCCAGACGCUCUGGAGGUGUUACGCUGCGGAGAAACCAAACGGCUGUGCUGCCACAUGGAAAAUGUACGUCUUGACUCCAGAGGGUGUGGCCGCGGCUCAGGCAGACAGCGGCAGUCCGAGCAUCAAGAAGCUGAACCUGGCGAAAAAAGGGACUAAAAGACGGCUGAAGUCCAAAGGAACCGGAUCUUUGGGUGUUGCCUCAGAGAGGGCCGUGUCGAUCCCUCAAAUCACCUAUGAUCACAUUGACGACUCGGUGGAAAAGAAGGACGUCUCGUUUUACAUCAAAGAGCCAAGGGGGACAGCUGAAGGGAUUACCAGGAUGUUCAGGAAAACAGGCCCUCCUCACCACUCUUGGUCGUCUUUCACUCUGAGCUGCCCUGCUUCCCCAGUAAAGGGGAGUGGCAAUAAAAGCACGUCCAUAGACAUCUCCCGCGCCAACAGCCUAACCGAUGACCUAGAUGACAUGAGUGAGGAUAUUCCCUUGCCGGUGGUCACCAACAAGAACCAUCGGUUGACCUGCCCCUCCAUGGCAUUGGUUCAGGACUCCUUAUCCACACAUCAGUUAAAUUCUUCAAGGUUAUCCCAUGCCCAGAGGUCUGCUGUGAAAGUCCUGCGCAGAAUGCAGUACUUCGUGGCCAGGAGGAAAUUUCAGCAAGCUCGGAAGCCCUAUGAUGUGCGAGACGUGAUCGAGCAGUAUUCCCAGGGUCACCUCAACAUGAUGGUUCGCAUCAAGGAGCUGCAGAGAAGGCUGGAUGGCACCCUCGGGAAGCCAGGAAUGUUUUUGCCAGGAAAGGGGGAAGAUAAAGAGUACCCAACCAUUGGAGCACGCAUGAUCAGAAUGGAAGAUAAGAUUCACCAGAUGGACCGGAAAAUGGACUCCGUCCUGCGGAUUCUGACGGAGCAGUUCCCACCCAAGCCGGAUCUGACGUCCAAGCCGUCCAUCCGUCGGGUGACCAUCCAGAAGCGCAUGGGCGCCAGCAUCGACGAGGCGCCUUGAUAGAGCGAAGAUGACCAAGUCCAGGCGGAGGGCGAUUAAAGCACUGGGACUUCACUUCAACAGCCUAGUCCCUCCCUCAUAUGAGUCCGUCUCACAAAGCAUAAGGGGUCUCAGUCUUCCACAACGUCCUCUUUUUUUUUUUCUUUUCCAUCGGCUUUAGACCCAAAACUGUUUUAUGCUAACCAGAGCAAAAUAGCCUUUGCCGGCUGAGAAGUCAGCCCAACCGACCUCAUUCUCCAGACUAACGACGGCUCCUGCGACGUCACUGCAGCACCCGAUCGCUCAGGCAGCAACAUGUUCUAUGAAUUUAUUUCACCACAUUAGCCUCCUAAGCGUACUACUCCAUGAUGUUAAUUUAUGUGUGGCCUGUCACUGAGCAGCAUUCCUCCCUUUCAAAUAUUAUUCCAGAGCUAACUAACCCCUUAAUGAAGUCGUAAUGAAAUCAAAGCGCUCCGGUUUCUUAAUGGCACUCGAAGGAAAAAAGCUGCAAAUCCACAACCAAGCCGAGGCAUUCCUCAAAUCCUUCUGAUUAUCUUGGCUCAACCGGCACCUACAGUACACAGCAUCGCCUCGCGCCGCAGACACGCAUCCAUCCAGCCUAACUGGACUCAGACUGAAACUAACGUUUGUUUGUGGGAACUGGAUAACACCGGGAGUGGAAAAGAAAGAUUACCUGUUGGUUUUGCCCCCACUGGACUGCAGUUGCAGUGGCGACGACUUAUUGCCACAGCAGACGAAUUAAAUGCACCCUGUUUUUAAAUGGAUAAAUAGGAUUUUUUUUUUUUUUUUUUAAAUAAUAAAAAAUUCAGAAUAAUGGUUCCCUUAUCUGGUGGCGGAGGUCAGAUGGUUUUGUUGACUUUAUAGAAACCCUAGAGAUAGUGGAAAGCUAACAGCUUGUCAGACGGAUCCGCCUAUGUAGCUGAUUUCAGCAACUUGAAACCAAAGGUGUUCCUACUUAACAACGCUAUUUCAGAGGAUGUUGUUUCACAAGAGACCGUGGUUAAUUUUGUUGCUGCUUUUCCUGCCAAAAACACACCUGAAUACAUCCAGAUGCAUCGCUUGAGGCUGCAAGCUGCAGUCGGCUAAUUGGGAGAUAAAUCGCCUCAUUGCGAUGCCUUUGCAAAAAAUAAUUGUAUUCAAUAUUUUAAUUAUUAAUUACUAUUAAUUAAUAAUUUUAUUAUUUUAAAGGUUUAGACACCCCAGGUUUAAGCUAGUGAGGCAGGUUAAUACAGUUAGCAUCGUCAACUAGCAUAACGUUAGGUCACGGGUUUUACACUUACAGUCUCAGCAACAAACGUGACUGUCUUAUACUAAAGUGUGAAAGGUUAAUAUUCCCAAUUAUGCCGUGGUAUCCUAUGAUUAUAGUUGCUAGUCUCAGCUAACAUCUAGCUAGCUGUUAGCAUUGCAGCACUUUACAAACUCACUGCCAUGUGACGUGUUUCUGCUUCAGGUAAAUGAAUUAUUACUGAUAACUUUAUAGAAGCUGACUUCAAAAAUUAUAUACAGUAUUUUAAUUAAUAAUAAUAAUAAUAAUAAUUAAUAAUGAAAGAUUCAGGCACCCCG